AGAUAUAAGGGGGCUGAGAGAGGACAGAAGCAGCAGUGCCUGCACUUUACCCUAGGAGUGUGGUCUGACCCACCUCCAGCCCACCAUGGAGUGGAGAACACUUGCACUCUGUGUACUGGUCCUGGCUCUUACUUGGGGCCUUCACGUGAACGCCAUUAGGGCCCGUCGUAGCAACCAUGUGGACAACGUCUGUAGUAUGUGGGGUAAUUUCCACUUUAAGACGUUUGAUGGAGAUGUAUACCAGUUCCAGGGCGGUUGUGAGUACAAUCUGGUGUCUGACUGCCAUGGGCCCGUGCCGAGCUUCUCAGUGCAUGUAAAAAGAGCGCAGUUGCCCAGGAACCCACAGAUCACCAGAGUGCUGGUCACCAUUGGAGACGUGGCCGUCGAGAUCACCAAGAAUCUGGUUAUGGUCAACAACGAUAUUGUACAACUGCCCCACUAUGAAGCAGGAGUGCUGGUUGAGCAGAGUGCUAUCUACAUGAAACUCGUUGCCAAGCUUGGCCUCAGCAUCAUGUGGAAUAGAGACGACGCCGUCAUGGUGGAACUGGACACAAAGUAUGUCAAUCAAACCUGUGGACUCUGUGGAGAUUUCAAUGGCAUUCCAAUUUAUAAUGAGUUCCUGAGCAAAGCUCGUGAGAUUGGUCCCAUCGAAUUUGGCAACAAGCACAGGGUCCACAGCCCCAACGACAUCUGUGAGGAUCCAUAUGAAGAAGAUGAGUUAGCUCAAACCGAAGGGAACAAGUGCCAAGCAUUUCGUGUGGAAUGCUCAGAGCUGCUGGAGAAUGAAGCCUGGUCCUCCUGUACCAGGGUUUUGAGUCCUGAGCCCUACAUUCGGGCCUGCAUUGUGGACAGGUGCUGGAGUCUUCCAGGGGACAUUGAGGACACAGUGCCCCUCUGCACAACGUUGUCAGAGUACUCUCGCCAAUGCUCCCAUGCAGGGGGGACGCCACCCAACUGGAGGAAACCCAACCUCUGUGAGGUGAAGUGCCCCUUUAACAUGGAGUACUCGGAGAGUGGUUCCCCUUGUGUGGACACAUGCACACACAGAGACACCAGCUUACUGUGUGAGGAACACAAGAUGGACGGCUGCUUCUGCCCACCUGGUACUGUGUUCGAUGAUAUCUCUCAGAGGGGAUGUAUACCUCAGAAACAGUGUCAGUGUAAGCACAACCAGGUUUACAACCCAGGGGAUAUGCUGCUUCUGGAAGAUAGAGAAUGUGUGUGUCAGCAGGGCAAGUGGAUUUGUGAGAGUUUGCCCACCCCAGGUACAUGUGCUGUAGAGGAGGGAUCACACUUCACCACCUUUGAUGGUAAAGAAUUCACCUUCCAUGGAGACUGCUACUAUAUCAUUUCCAAGGACUGUGAGGAGUCUAAGUUUGUUGUAUUGGGGCAGCUUAUUCCCUGCGUUAACACAGAAACAGACACUUGCCUGAAAUCUGUUGCACUGUUACUCAACAACGACAAGAACAACGCCUUGAUUAUCAAAGAUGAUGGGACAGUGAGACACAAUGGAGACUUAACACUCCCUUACACUACAGCUAACCUCACAGCGUUCAGACCAUCGUCAUUCCACAUCAUGCUACAGACGUCUUUCGGGCUGCAGAUGCAGUUGCAACUGGUUCCACUCAUGCAGCUCUACAUCACUCUGGAUCACAGCUUCCAGACCAAGACCUGUGGUCUGUGUGGGAACUUUAAUUUCGUGCUGUCUGAUGAGCUGAAGACUCCACAGGGUUUGGUGGAAGGGACUGCAGCGUCCUUUGGGAACUCCUGGAAGGCUCAGUACAACUGCCCUGACCGCAGUGAAAGGCUGGAUGACCCCUGCAGCUACAGCAUAGACAGUGAGAGCUAUGCAGAGCAUUGGUGCUCCAAGCUGAAGGAGAAGGAUGGCCCCUUUGCUAAAUGUCACUCUGCUGUUAACCCAGAAGGCUACUACAAGAGGUGCAAGUACUCAAGCUGUACAUGUGAGAAGAGUGAGAACUGCCUGUGUGCUGUCUUCUCCUCCUAUGCGCGAGCAUGCACAGCAAAAGGAAUCUUUGUGAAAGGCUGGAGAGACACCGUGUGCGGGACGUACACUGAGCACUGCCCUGCUACACAGACGUUCUCCUACCUGCUACAGGGCUGCCAGCGUACCUGUGAUACCCUCAGCUUGGAGCGUCAGGGCUGCAGCACUGACUAUGUACCUGUGGAUGGGUGUGCCUGUCCAGAUGGGCUGUAUGAGAAUGAGGAAGGUGUUUGUGUGUCUAUGGACAAAUGCUCCUGUUACCACAGUGGAGAGCGCAUUAAACCUGGCAAGUCUAUCAACAUUAGAAAUGAGCACUGUGUUUGUACAAAUGGAAAGCUCAACUGUCAUGCCUGGAAGCCCCCCAUUACAGACUGUCGUGCUCCAAAGGUCUACUUUAACUGCAGUGAGGCAGGGCCAGAUGAGCAUGGGCUGGAGUGUGCCAAAACAUGCUCAAGCAAGACCAUCGACUGUUACCUUGCAGAUUGUGCAUCUGGUUGUAAGUGUCCCUCAGGCCUUCUCGAUGAUGGUCGUGGUCACUGUGUUGAAGAGGAUAACUGCCCUUGCAAACAUAAUGGCCAUUUCUAUCAUGCUGGUACUAAAAUACCAGAUGAGUGCAACACAUGCAUCUGUAAACAGGGUGAGUGGGUCUGCACAGAAAAAAAAUGCCCUGGUUCCUGCACUAUCUAUGGGAGCGGCCAUUACAACACUUUUGAUAAGCAGACUUUUGGCUUCAGUGGAGAUUGUGAUUACAUUGCUGUUCAGAACAAGUGUGGAAAUAAGACAGGUACGUUCCAUGUGAUCACAGAGAAUGUACCCUGUGGGACGACAGGAACCACAUGCUCCAAAUAUGUUCGGAUUCUUCUGGGAAGUAUAGAGUUUUACUUGGUUGAUGGCAAAGUUGAAGAAAGACAGCUGGACACUGGGCCACUGAUUCAGUAUACAAAGAGAAUUGUGGGUCUUUAUGUGGUCAUUGAGUCUGACAUUGGCCUGACUGUGUUUUGGGACCGUAAAACUACAGUUCGCAUCAUUCUGCAACCACAGCAUAUGGGAGAGGUUUGUGGACUGUGUGGAAAUUACAAUGGAAAUGGCAAAGAUGACUUCACCACUCAAGGUCAGCUGCAAGUUUCUGACAUUGUGGAGUUUGUAAACAGCUGGAAAGUGAAAAGUGAUUGUCCCGAUGCUAAGCCAGACUUUGAUCCAUGUUCUCAAACACCCAACCGCCACACUUGGGCAAAAAUGCAAUGCAGCAUCAUUACAGGCGACACUUUCAAAAACUGCCAUAGAAAGGUGGAUCCCAAGCCUUAUUACGACAACUGUGUGAAAGACUCGUGUGCCUGUGACACUGGCGGUGACUGUGAGUGUUUCUGUACUGCUGUGGCAGCGUAUGCUCAAGCCUGUAAUGAAGCUGGAGUCUGUGUGGCCUGGCGAACACCAGAGAUCUGCCCUGUGUUCUGUGACUACUACAAUGAUCCAGAUGAGUGCACAUGGCACUACAGUCCCUGUCACACACCAUGCUACAAAACCUGCCUGAACCUUGACGGUGUUUGCCUUAACCCGUUACCCAACCUGGAGGGUUGUUAUCCAGUGUGCCCAGAGGACAAACCCAUUUUUGAUGAGUGGAAUCAGACAUGUGUUGCUGAAUGUGAUAACAGAACUACAACAACUACACAAAUACCAACAACUGAAAGCACCACAGGACCGACUACCACCCCCUCCACCCCCUACACAACAACUACACAAAUAACAACAACUGAAAGCACCACAGGACCGACUACCACCCCCCCAACCCCCUACACAACAACCACACAAAUAACAACAACUGAAAGCACCACAGGACCGACUACCACCCCCCCAACCCCCUACACAACAACUACACAAAUAACAACAACUGAAAGCAGCACCUCUGUCACUACCCCAGGACCGACUACCACCCCCCCAACCCCCUACACAACAACUACACAAAUAACAACUGAAAGCACCACCUCUGUCACUACCCCAACACCAACUACUACCCCCUCAACCCCCUACACAACAACUACUACAUCGAUAACCACAACCUCACCAUGCAUUAUCUGUCAUUGGUCUGAGUGGUUUAAUGUCUAUAAUCCCGUUUCAGGAGGAUACAGUGAUUUAGAAACAUAUGAAAAUAUCAAGGUUGCUGGAAACAUAAUAUGUGAUAAACCAGAAGAUAUUGAGUGCAGAGCUGUAGCACAACCUGAUUUAGCUUUUGAUGAUUUUAUACAUAGUACAGGUCAGGUAGCGCAGUGCAAUGUUUCACUUGGUUUGGUGUGUAAAAAGCAGGAACAGUUACACCGUCCAUACAAAUGUUUUGACUAUGAAAUUAGAGUAUACUGUUGUCAUGAUAUUUGUACUACUUCGACAGCAACUACACAAAUAACAACAACUGAAAGCAGCACCUCUGUCACUACCCCAGAACCGACUACCACCCCCCCAACCCCCUACACAACAACUACACAAAUAACAACGACUGAAGGCACCACCUCUGUCACUACCCCAGAACCAACUACCACCUCCACAACCCCCUACACAACAACUACACAAAUAACAACGACUGAAAGCAGCACCUCUGUCGCUACCCCAGAACCAACUACCACCUCCACAACCCCCUACACAACAACUACACAAAUAACAACGACUGAAAGCAGCACCUCUGUCGCUACCCCAGAACCAACUACCACCCCCUCAACCCCCUACACAACAACUACACAAAUAACAACAGCUGAAAGCACCACCUCUGUCACUACCCCAGAACCGACUACCACCCCCUCAACCCCCUACACAACUACACAAAUAACAACAACUGAAAGCAGCACCUCUGUCACUACCCCAGAACCGACUACCACCCCCUCAACCCCCUACACAACAACUACACAAAUAACAACGACUGAAAGCACCACCUCUGUCACUACCCCAGAACCAACUACCACCCCCCCAACCCCCUACACAACAACUACACAAAUAACAACGACUGAAAGCAGCACCUCUGUCGCUACCCCAGAACCGACUACCACCCCCUCAACCCCCUACACAACAACUACACAAAUAACAACUGAAAGCAGCACCUCUGUCACUACCCCAAAACCGACUACCACCCCCCCAACCCCCUACACAACAACCACACAAAUAACAACGACUGAAAGCACCACCUCUGUCACUACCCCAAAACCGACUACCACCCCCUCAACCCCCUACACAACAACUACACAAAUAACAACAACUGAAGGCACCACCUCUGUCACUACCCCAAAACCGACUACCACCCCCUCAACCCCCUACACAACAACUACACAAAUAACAACAACUGAAGGCACCACCUCUGUCACUACCCCAAAACCGACUACCACCCCCUCAACCCCCUACACAACAACUACACAAAUAACGACUGAAAGCACCACCUCUGUAGCUACCCCAGAACCAACUACCACCCCCUCAACCCCCUACACAACAACUACACAAAUAACAACGACUGAAGCACCUCUGUCGCUACCCCAGAACCAACUACCACCCCCCCCAACCCCCUACACAACAACUACACAAAUAACAACAGCUGAAAGCAGCACCUCUGUCGCUACCCCAGAACCAACUACCACCUCCCCAACCCCCUACACAACAACUACACAAAUAACAACUGAAAGCACCACCUCUGUCACUACCCCAGAACCGACUACCACCCCCUCAACCCCCUACACAACAACUACACAAAUAACAACAACUGAAAGCAGCACCUCUGUCACUACCCCAAAACCGACCCCCUCAACCCCCUACACAACAACUACACAAAUAACAACAACUGAAAGCACCACCUCUGUCGCUACCCCAGAACCAACUACCACCCCCCCAACCCCCUACACAACAACUACACAAAUAACAACUGAAAGCACCACCUCUGUCACUACCUCAGAACCGACUACCACCCCCCCAACCCCCUACACAACAACUACACAAAUAACAACAACUGAAAGCAGCACCUCUGUCGCUACCCCAGAACCGACUACUACCCCCCCAACCCCCUACACAACAACUACACAAAUAACAACAACUGAAAGCAGCACCUCUGUCGCUACCCCAGAACCAACUACCACCCCCCCAACCCCCUACACAACAACUACACAAAUAACAACAACUGAAAGCAGCACCUCUGUCGCUACCCCAGAACCAACUACCACCUCCCCAACCCCCUACACAACAACUACACAAAUAACAACUGAAAGCACCACCUCUGUCACUACCCCAGAACCGACUACCACCCCCUCAACCCCCUACACAACAACUACACAAAUAACAACAACUGAAAGCAGCACCUCUGUCACUACCCCAGAACCGACCCCCUCAACCCCCUACACAACAACUACACAAAUAACAACAACUGAAAGCAGCACCUCUGUCACUACUCCAGAACCGACCCCCUCAACCCCCUACACAACAACUACACAAAUAACAACAACCGAAAGCAGCACCUCUGUCACUACCCCAGAACCGACCCCCUCAACCCCCUACACAACAGCUACACAAAUAACAACUGAAAGCACCACCUCUGUCACUACCCCAGAACCGACUACCACCCCCUCAACCCCCUACACAACAACUACACAAAUAACAACAACUGAAAGCAGCACCUCUGCUGUCACUACCCCAGAACCGACCCCCUCAACCCCCUACACAACAACUACACAAAUAACAACAACUGAAAGCAGCACCUCUGUCACUACCCCAGAACCAACUACCACCCCCCCAACCCCCUACACAACAACUACACAAAUAACAACUGAAAGCAGCACCUCUGUCACUACCCCAGAACCGACUACCACCCCCUCAACCCCCUACACAACAACUACACAAAUAACAACAACUGAAAGCAGCACCUCUGCUGUCACUACCCCAGAACCGACCCCCUCAACCCCCUACACAACAACUACACAAAUAACAACUGAAAGCAGCACCUCUGUCACUACCCCAGAACCAACUACCACCCCCCCAACCCCCUACACAACAACUACACAAAUAACAACUGAAAGCAGCACCUCUGUCACUACCCCAGAACCGACUACCACCCCCUCAACCCCCUACACAACAACUACACAAAUAACAACAACUGAAAGCAGCACCUCUGUCACUACCCCAGAACCAACUACCACCCCCUCAACCCCCUACACAACAACUACACAAAUAACAACGACUGAAAGCAGCACCUCUGUCACUACCCCAAAACCGACUACCACCCCCCCAACUCCCUACACAACAACUACACAAAUAACAACGACUGAAAGCACCACCUCUGUUGCAACCCCAGAACCAACUACCACCCCCUCAACCCCCUACACAACAACUACACAAAUAACGACUGAAAGCACCACCUCUGUCGCUACCCCAGAACCGACUACCACCCCCUCAACCCCCUACACAACAACUACACAAAUAACAACAACUGAAAGCAGCACCUCUGCUGUCACUACCCCAAAACCGACUACCACCCCCCCAACCCCCUACACAACAACUACACAAAUAACAACGACUGAAAGCACCACCUCUGUUGCUACCCCAAAACCGACUACCACCUCCCCAACCCCCUACACAACAACUACACAAGUAACAACAACUGAAAGCAGCACCUCUGUCACUACCCCAGAACCGACCCCCUCAACCCCCUACACAACAACUACACAAAUAACAACAACUGAAAGCAGCACCUCUGUCACUACCCCAGAACCAACUACCACCCCCCCAACCCCCUACACAACAACUACACAAGUAACAACUGAAAGCACCACCUCUGUCACUACCCCAGAACCGACUACCACCCCCUCAACCCCCUACACAACAACUACACAAAUAACAACAACUGAAAGCAGCACCUCUGUCACUACCCCAGAACCAACUACCACCCCCUCAACCCCCUACACAACAACUACACAAAUAACAACGAUUGAAAGCACCACCUCUGUCACUACCCCAGAACCAACUACCACCCCCUCAACCCCCUACACAACAACUACACAAAUAACGACCGAAACCACCACCUCUGUCGCUACCCCAGAACCGACUACCACCCCCUCAACCCCCUACACAACAACUACACAAAUAACAACGACUGAAAGCACCACCUCUGUCGCUACCCCAAAACCGACUACCACCUCCCCAACCCCCUACACAACAACUACACAAAUAACAACAACUGAAAGCAGCACCUCUGUCGCUACCCCAGAACCAACUACCACCCCCCCAACCCCCUACACAACAACUACACAAAUAACAACUGAAAGCAGCACCUCUGUCACUACCCCAGAACCGACUACCACCCCCUCAACCCCCUACACAACAACUACACAAUUAACAACAACUGAAAGCAGCACCUCUGUCACUACCCCAGAACCGACCCCCUCAACCCCCUACACAACAACUACACAAAUAACAACUGAAAGCAGCACCUCUGUCACUACCCCAGAACCGACCCCCUCAACCCCCUACACAACAACUACACAAAUAACAACAACUGAAGGCACCACCUCUGUCACUACCCCAGAACCAACUACCACCCCCUCAACCCCCUACACAGCAACUACACAAAUAACAACAACUGAAAGCACCACCUCUGUCACUACCCCAGAACCGACUACCACCCCCUCAACCCCCUACACAACAACUACACAAAUAACAACGACUGAAAGCACCACCUCUGUCACUACCCCAGAACCGACUAUCUCAACCACAAAUACAUUAGCCACAACCACAACUACGCCAACCACAACUACGCCAACCACAGCAUCAACUAUCACUACCCCAAAGCCUGGCUGCCCAACAUGGGACGUCGGCACAAAUGAGACCUUUGAGAUCUGUAACUGCACCUUGGCCCGGUGCAUUGAGGACAACAUCAUUGAGAUUAUCCCAUAUGAGUGUCCACCUCUUCAGAAUAUCACAUGUUCAAAUGGGAGGAAUCCAGUCGAAGGGUUUGAUGAUAACCACUGCUGUAAAGAAAAUGUCUGUGACUGCUUCUGUGAAGGGUGGGGAGACCCUCACUAUAUAACGUUUGAUGGACUCUUCUAUAGUCAUCAAGGAAACUGCACUUACGUUUUAAUGGAGGAAAUCAGACCUAAACACAAUUUGAAAAUUUACAUUGAUAAUGUCAACUGUGACCCCCGAGAGUCUGUGUCCUGCCCCAGAGCCCUCAUUGUGUCCUACAACAAACAGGUCAUCACCUUGAAAAACAACAACCUUAUAGGAGCUGCGAAGCUGCAGGCUUUGAUGGGAAAUGUUGUGUUGAAGUUACCUUUUGCUCGAAAUGGUGUGAAGGUGCUGGGCUCAGGCAUAAACCUGAUUCUGGAAAUUCCACAGCUGGGAGUUGUGGUGACGUUUGGAGUCACAGGCUUCAGUGUCUUCCUGCCAUUCCAACAUUUUGGGAAAAACACACAGGGACACUGUGGUACAUGCAACAACAACCGGAAUGAUGACUGUAUGUUACCAGAUGGGAAACUUGUAAGUGACUGUGAAAUUAUGGCAGAUUACUGGCCAGCUAAAGAUCUGCCCAAUCCAGACUGCCCUGCGCCGCCAACAGUGCCACCCACCUCUGCGCCCACAAAGAAGCCAUGCCCGCUCAACCCUGUUUGUGACCUUCUCAACACAGACGUGUUUAAAGAGUGUCAUCCACAUGUCUCUCCUGACAACUACUUCAGAGGUUGCCAGUUUGAUAGCUGUCACAUGACCAACCUUGCUGUGGUGUGCACCAGUUUACGAACUUAUGCCUUAGCCUGCUCUCAGUUUGGCAUCUGUUUACACUGGAGAAACUACACUGAUCUGUGCACUGUUGAAUGUCCAAGAGACAAAGUUUACAAACCCUGUGGACCUGCUGAACCUCCUACCUGUGAGGACAGGCCUAAUGAGCAUACUCUGAACGUGACUACUGAGGGUUGCUUCUGUCCUGAUGGUACAUUGCUCUUCAACAAGGACUCAGGACUGUGUGUUGACAAGUGUGGAUGCCUGGACUCUUCUGGUCAAGCACGAGAGCCUGGAGAGAAGUUCCAGCUCGGCUGCCAGGACUGUGUUUGUGAUGCAUCAACUACAUCUGUGAUCUGCAAACCAAAGCAGUGCUCAAAUAAUGACCAAAUAACCUGCAGUGAACCUGGCUUCAUUGUGGUUAAUGAGACAAACCCCUCAGAUGAGUGCUGCACUAUACUCGCCUGCCGCUGUGACAGCAACUUCUGUCCCAGUGUAGAUGGGAAGUGUAACAUCGGUUAUGCUCCUGUACUCCAAGUGCCUGAAGGACAAUGCUGCCCCAAACUCACAUGCGAGCCAAAGAAAGUCUGCGUGCACAAAAACAUGGAGUACGAGCCUGGUACCUCAGUCCCUGUGGUGGACUGCCAGGAGUGUCAGUGUACCUGGGAUGUGGAUCCGAAGUCACAACUGUUCCAGAUCCGGUGUGGAUUUGUGACUUGUGAUGAGACCUGUGAGCCAGGAUAUGAGUAUGUGGAGCCAGUUUCUGAUGAAUGCUGUGGGAAGUGUGUGCAGUCCAAGUGUAUCCUUAACCUCAAUGGUACAAGACAUCUAUUGCAGAGUGGAGCAGAAUGGGCCCCGAGCACACACAGCUGUGACAGGUUCACCUGCACAUACAUUGGUGGAGAAUAUAUUACUACUAACUACAAGAUCCAGUGUCCUCCAUUCAACAUCGACAACUGCCAGCCUGGCACAGUGCAGCUUUCUGCUGAUGGCUGCUGCCAAGUUUGUGUGGAGAAGGAGAAGGGAUGUAAAGUAGAGACUAUUUCUGAAUACAUCAUUCAUGACAGCUGUCAGUCAGAGACCCAAGUGGAACAGACACACUGUGCAGGAGACUGCAACAGCUACAGCAAGUACUCUGAGCUGGGCUCUUCGUCCUGUAGCUGCUGUCAGGCAGCUCGCACCAGUAACAGAACAGUGACCCUGAAAUGUCUAAAUGGAGAUACAGUACCACACACCUACGUCUAUGUGGAAGAAUGCAGCUGUAGCCAGACUAAGUGUCACAUAAGCAAGUAGGACACACAUACAUAAAUAUAAGAUACAUCCACCGGAGACACAGCUACAAACUACACUGAGAAUCUGCUGUUCAUCAUAGAAACAAUCCUAACCCUAACAAAAGCCCCCAGCUAUGAUCACAAUGCUUUGAAUUUCUCUCUCCAAAAAUUCAUCUGAUUUGAUUAUUUUCAUAGGUGUCUUUGAUGGAGUAGAAUGACUUGCUUUUAUUCCUUUAUGCUUAUAACUGAAACUUUUAAAUAAAAUGCAAUAUGAAAAAUA